UAUCCAAGAUGGCCUCGCUGUCGAGUUCGGCUUAGUUCGUUCUCUGCCGGUAACAGUGAACGGAGUCGGUGAUCUGUGCGGGCUGAACGGGGCUGCCGGGAGUGGAGGUGAGGAGGGGGUAACAUUCUGCAGUCUCCAGAAGAUCAGGCACACUUUUCCAAUUACAAGGGAAGAAAAUGCAGCCGCCUCCACAAGCUGGUCCUGCAGGGACGGGUGGACCUCCUCGCAUGGGAAUGACCACUACCCCAUACUGGCGUAGGAGAACCCCUCCUCCUUCAGCAAUGGCGCCCCCUCCAGUGCAACCUGUCACAGACCCUUUUGCUUUUGGCAGAAUGACCCCCCAGAAUGUACCACCAACUACUGUACCCAAGGCUCCCAUUUUGGCCACACCUAGCCCAUCCCCGUCAUUGUACCCGCAGCCUGCUGCUCUUGCCUCAUCUCAUGGUGACGGAGCUCAAGCGUCUUUACCCAUGGGAGCUGUGACCUCAUACAGUAAUGUCCCUACUCCACCAGUACAGAGUGGGAAUUUUACCAAUAACAUGGCUUCAUCUCCGAUCGGCCAGCUAACACUUGGUCCCUCUGCUGGCUCGUCCCUGCAGAACAUGGCAGGUGGACUAGAGAAUGCCUAUGGACCCCUGCCGGGCAGAUCUCGGAAUAUGGACAUGAAUAGCAGCAGCAGUAUUGCACCGCCAUUACAGUCUCAUCCAUCCUCCGCAAAUCAGCAAACCACUGCACCUUGGUCGUCCACUCAGACUACGCCACCUACCUCCUCACAGCACGUUCCUGCAGCUCAGCACCCAGCAUACACUGCUCCCUAUUACUCUCCUCCAUAUUUAGAAGUAUCUCACUUGCCUCCCCAAAACAGUGACCCCAGCUAUUUUUCAGCACCACAAAGGACUGCACCAGCUACUUUCCCUCUUGGCGGCGGAUCAGGUCAAGUACAGCAACAUGGCAUCUCGCCAUACAGCAGUGUCAUGCAUACGGAUUACAUGCAGAACCAGAAUCCAGACCACAUCAGCUGGUUUAAUCCACCACAUCCAGAACCUCUCAAGCAAGCUCAGCCGCCCCAUACCAUGCAGACUGGAACACUGCACAACGCUAUUCAGACUGGAGCGCCAGGUCCACUGCCCAACACCAUACAGACUAGAGCAUUAGCUCCCCUGCCCUACACCAUACAGACUGAAGCGCCAGCUCCCCUGCCCUACACCAUACAGACUGGAGCGCCAGCUCCCCUGCCCAGUCCCAACACCAUACAGACCGGAGCACCAUUUUCUGCUCUAGAGAACCGGCCACAAAGUGAGCCUGCAGGAUCUUUGGGCCAAGCCACCAGUGACACGGAUUCUGGGACGAUAUCCAUGUUCUUCAAAGGAGAUGAAGCUGAAAAUGUGGAGAUCCCUUCCACAGAUCAGCAGCACAUGCCUAGAAACCAAUCUAUGGACACUGCAUACCACCAGAACCUGGGCCGCCAGGGGAGCAUGCAUCCAUUUACAGAUCCGCCAGCAGCACCCAAUACUGCAUCGCUUUUGCCUUUACAUCCCAGUGCUCAGCCGACUUCAUUAUUCCAAAGUGCCAGUGGUUUUCAUGAUUCUCAUGUCCCAUGGAAAGCGGGUAACACAGAAAAUCAACCCACAGAGGCCAGAGCUGGUUCUGAGCUCCCAUACGAUAAUGUGGAGAAUAUAGAAGUUCUUCCCAAUGAGCCUCCUAAUAGCAGUCUCAUCUCCUCAGGACCUGAGACCUUUAGAUACGGGCCUGUUCUUGGUUCUGCCCCGCCUAAGAAUACAGUUGGCCAACCUGAAGGAGGUCCAAAUCUGGAGGCUCCAGACGCGUUACCUCACCCUGUCAGAUCGGAUAGUGUGUCUUCUAAUUACAGUAAUCUGAGUCACAGAAGUUUACCAACUUCGGUCCGACCGCAGGAGCUGGAGGGGACCUUCAUUCAGAAGGAGAUUGGAAGACUUGAGAGGGAAAGCUCCACGGGUUUCUUUAAGCAGAUUGACUCCUCGCCCUUGACCGGAGACGUUAUUACCCACGGUAUGACACAAAACCCCUACCAUGGAAGUCUGUCACAGCCACCAACGCCAAGUCCACCAAAACCGACCGGGAUCUUUCAGGCAAGUGUCAACAGCUCCUUUGAACCCGUCCGUUCACACGCAGGCGUAAAAGCUGCAGAAGUCGACCAGUCAAAAGUAGUUGAUGUCCGAGAGAACCAGAAGUUGCCACCAACUUCUUCCCAUAGUGCAGGACUUGCCGCCUCCCCGGGGAACCUGGAGCAACCUCCUGAUAAUCUGGAAACUAUUUUUUUGGGUAAAUCGAACGCUGAAAUUUGUGCUGUGAAUAGUGGACACCAUUUCCCGACAGGAACCAUGCUAGAUAACAUCUCUUUGCUGCUAGAGAAACGUCCAUCUUCAAGAGCGCACGGGUCAAAUAAGAAGUGCGAGAGUCCUGCGACCACCCUGUGGGCACAAGGAGAGCUGCCCAAUUUUGGAGGCAAUGUCCUUCUAGCCCCGCCAGCUCCUGCUCUCUAUGUUCCCCCUAAACCUCAGACUGAAGUCAUUCAGCCUCCAGAAGAUGGGUCACUGGAGGUGCAUCCUGGUAGGCCAGACCAGAGCCAGUUCGCAGCUUCACCUGAGGAGCACACAUCUUCAGAAAACCUGGAGAACCCUCCAAAGAUUGGAGAUGAUGAACAUACCCAGUCCCAGGCAAGUUCCGGCUAUGCUAGCUUGCUGUCUUCUCCGCCCACUGAAUCCUUACAGAAUCAGCCUGUUCUAAUUGCUGCACCUAGUAAAAGCUAUAAUUUGACACAACCUAUAAAUUUUUCUCUCUCUUUACCCAAUCAAAUAAGGAACGUUAAUUCUGCACAAGAUUUCUCCACUGCUGAUAAGCCGCUUCCAACCAGCGCUUUUGCAGCAGAUCCGAGUGCUGCAGCCUCUCUCGUCCAGCUCGGACCUCCUAUUAAAGCGCCCUCAUCCUCUAAUCCAGCUCAUAAAUUACCCUCCGGCAGCAAUCACUUUUCUGAAUCUUUUUCCAAUCAUCAUCCGACGCUCCUGUCUUCAUCUAGUCAGAUUCCUCUUAAUUUAGCAACUGAAAAUCAGAGAACUGCUUACACCGAAAGCAUAGCCAGCGAGUCCGCAAGCAAGCCUGCGCUCCCUAGCUCCGGAGCACAUUUACCGGUGGGUAACGGAGCAGGGAUGUACGCCCCACCGGUCAGUAGUGGUGGUGGUGGUGCCAGCGCCAAAAUAGAGAAUGCAGUCGCUCUAGAUUUUACCAUUCCACGCAUGCCUGCCAAUCACAAUGCAAAUGGGCGGAUGUCUGUACCAAACAGGCCUCCAACAGGGGGUCUCCUCUAUACCGGGCAGUCGACAGUUGUCCCAAAUUUCCCACCCGGGCCUGAUGAUGAUAAACAGUUUUUUUACCAGCAGGUUACUAAAGAUGUUCAAGUCCAACCUUCAGUGGAGACUUCACGGCCUGGACCAGGGGCUGCUCCUGAAUACAUGGCUCCUGCGUCGCAUCCACCAGCACCUUCAGUGCAGACCAUCGCAGGAGCUAAUAAACCUUCUGCUUACCCCCAGCAAACAGGGGCUCAUGUGCCCAGUUCUCAGAACCCUGCCGGCCUUCCUUACAGUGGGACAGCAGAGCCAGCCGCUAAAUACAGCCACCCCGAACACCCACCAUACCCGAGUCAGCCCGCAACGAGCACGUCUGCAGCAGUCAACCCCAUGCAACCUGCUGGCUAUCCAGAGCCUGCAAGACCUCCUGCUUCUCAUACUCCUCAGCAAGCAGAUCCCUAUUACUACUACCAAGGUUAUGGAGCAUACCCGUCUGCGUACCAGCCUCCGUACCCAACAGUGGACCCCCGAGCAUCUCAUUUGUACUACCAGGACUCCUACGGAGCCUAUGACCCUGCAUACAGACAGUACAGCAAUUCCGGCUUUGUGAACCCUGCAAAGUACUACCAGGAACCUGAACGGCCCAGCUCGAGGUCCAGUCACUGCUCGGAUCGGCCCCCUUCAGGGCAGGGCUACACGGCUCCCGCCAGCUACUACGAUUACUACCAGAGUCAGUAUGAGUAUGGAGACCCUACCAGGUGGGAUCGGUAUCCAGGGGCCUAUGAUCCCGGGUACAGGGACCCUCGAAACAACUACUGGAACUACACGUACCGAGAGGACGCCUAUGGCAGGAAGGUUCCUUAUGCCUACACGAGCAGGUAUGAUGUGUAUGAGGACCGCUGGCAGUAUGACCCCCGUUACGUCGGCGGUUUUGAUGAUGAACCAGAUGCUCGGAGGGAUCUUACGAAGGACGACUUUGAUCGGCGUAGCGUGCACAGUGAGCAUUCAGCCCGUAGCGUCCACAGCGAGCGCAGCACCCACAGUCGCCGGAGCAGCUUCAGUUCUCGCUCCCAGCAGAGCCAGGUCUACAAAAGCGAACAGGACCUCGCUGCCAAUGCCUAUGGCGGCCAGGUGCCUAACCCCCCACUGGAGGAUUACUCCUAUCGUCUCUAUCCUAAUGACUACAGCACCCAGCAGUCGCUGGACUCCUAUCAGUAUGGUUACCCGGUCACCAGUGAGUGGCAGCCGGUGGAACAAGUUCCUUCUAGGUCUCUGACUCCAGAGAAGUUCGGCAGCCCACAUGUGUGCGCCCGGUUUGGCCCUGGUGGACAUCUAAUUAAAGUGCUUCCCAACUUGCCUUCAGACGGGCAGCCGACCUUGGUCGAGAUCCACAAUAUGGAGGUUAUUAUGCAGAACAGCCCGGAACAGGAGCAGAUGAGGGGCUUCCCCGGCCCCUUGGUCAAAGAUGAAACUCACAAAGUCGACGUCAUCAAUUUUGCACAAAAUAAAGCCAAAGAGUGUUCCCAAAAUGAGAACUUGUUAGACCAGGAGUCUGCGCGCCUUCUGUGGGAUUUCAUCGUCCUCAUGUGCAGGCAGAAUGGGACUGUCGUAGGCACGGACAUCGCAGAGUUGCUCCUUCAGGACCAUAAAACAGUCUGGCUCCCCGGGAAGUCGCCCAAUGAAGCCAAUCUGAUAGAUUUCACCAACGAGCCUCUGGAGCUGGAGGAAGAGUCCGGGGCCUCGCAGCUCUCCUUCCUCACAGACACUCUACCCAACUCCGGGGCCGUGAUCGAGAAGGAGACCGAGCGCUUCAGGGAGCUGCUGCUUUUCGGACGGAAAAAGGAUGCUCUGGAGUCUGCCAUGAAGCACGGCCUCUGGGGCCACGCUCUGCUGCUCUCCAGUAAGAUGGAUAGCCGCACACACGCCCGGGUGAUGACCAGGUUUGCCAACAGUCUCCCAAUUAACGAUCCCCUGCAGACGGUUUAUCAGCUCCUGUCUGGCCGGAUGCCGGCGGCUGCCACGUGUUGUGGAGAUGAGAAAUGGGGCGACUGGCGACCGCAUCUUGCUAUGGUGCUCUCGAAUCUAACCAGUAAUGUCGAUGUACCGACCCGGACCAUUGUGACUAUGGGAGACACUCUGGCGUCCCGAGGUCUCUUGGAAGCCGCUCAUUUCUGCUACGUAAUGGCUCAGGCUGGUUUUGGCGUCUACACAAAGAAAACAACCAAGCUGGUUCUCAUCGGCUCCAACCACAGUUUGCCUUUUGCAAAGUUUGCCACGAAUGAAGCCAUCCAGAGGACGGAGGCCUACGAGUACGCCCAGUCGCUGGGGGCGCAGACCUUCUCGCUUCCCAAUAUACAGGUUUUCAAGUUCAUCUAUGCCUGCCGCUUGGCUGAGUGCGGACUUUCUGCUCAGGCUUUCCAUUACUGUGAGGUCAUCUCCAAGACUGUGAUCCAGCAUCCAUCCUACUACUCCCCUGUGCUGGUCGGGCAGCUGCUUGAGGUGUCCUCACAUCUGAGGUUCUUCGAUCCUCAGUUGAAGGAGAAACCAGAGCAGGAACUAUUUGUGGAGCCGCCAUGGCUUCUUAGAUUGCGCCACUUGGACAUGCAGAUGAAGCAAGGAGCCGUGGUAUACAACACGGGCAGGACCACACCGCAGCAGUACGCCUGUAGCACGCCCAGCUCGGAGCAAGACCUCAUCAGCCAGUCUGAAGGCAUCGCUGCAACACACGAGGGUCCAGCUGCUUCCGAUAAUCCAUUGCUGACAAACUUCCUACCCAACGUGGUGCCCAACCAGGGGGUCCAGCUGGCAUUGCCUGGUCCUGAUCACACGGCUGCUCUUUAUCCACCUCCUGAGCCACCCAGCUCCUUCCCACCCCAGACGUUUCUACCCUCACCCACACUAGCCCCUCCAGCAGCUGGACAAGGACCUGUACCUGUCAGCAGUGAGCCGGUGGCGGCGUAUACCCCUGCACCUAUGGAAUCUGUACCGUCCCCUCUGCAGCCGGCAGAAUAUAUUUCUCAGGAGCAGUGGAUCCAGGACCCUGCCUUACAGAGACCCCCAACAAACUCUCCAACCAAAACCACCUUCCACGACUCUGGCUUUGACUUCUAUGGCGAAAUGGCCAAAAUGGCGCCGGGGCAGAGGUCCAGAACAGUCUCUCAGUCGUCAUCUCAUAUGAGACGGACCCGGACAACCUCCGAAUCCUCCACGCACUCGGUGGGGUCCACCAGGAGGAGUUCUAUCGGUCUGCAGCCAUCACCUCCUCCAAUCCCUGAAAUGAAGAAGCCGGAGCCCAAGAAAGAACCAAAGCCCAGUUCUUCAUCACAAGGGAGCGGUAGAAGUUGGCUCGGCUGGCUGAUGAGGAAAGGGAAGAACGAGGCACACUUGCCAGAUGACAGGAAUAAAUCUAUCGUGUGGGACGAGGCAAAACAGCGAUGGAUUAACCUGGAUGAGCCCGAGGGGGAGGAGAACAAGCCACUACCACCUCCUCCAUCCAGCAUGCCCAAACUUCAGGUUCCUUCAGGCCCCGGGGGGCUGAGCGCUCCCCCCAAUUCUUCAGUCAAUAUGUUCUCCAUAAAAGCAGGUGGAGCACGAACCCGUUAUGUAGAUGUGUUAAACCCGGGGGGCAACAAACCUACAACCUCUGUGCUGCCACCAGCCGAUCUGUUCGCUCCCUUGGCCCCGAUGCCGAUCCCUACAAAUCUCUUUGUCCCUAAUGCAGUCCCAGAAGAGGCUCAACCUCCUGUAGGCUCUGAGGCAGAAAUGGCGCAGCUGUCUGAUCAACCUGGGAUCGAUGGCACCGCACAGACGCAGUUUUUGAAUGCAGCCCCCGGACUGGAUCUCCUGACGACGAACCAUGAAGACGUUCCUUCUGGAGAGCUUUCUCGAUCUAGUUCUCAGAGUUCCUUAUCUCGUGAAGUAAGCCAGCAUUUUCAUCAGGUCUCCGGUAACAUGGCUCCCGGCGGUGGCCCCCCUCCCCCUCCUGCUGCGGUUCCCUUCUAUAAUCCUGCAAGUUUUGCACAACCUCCAGCCUCCUCAUCAGGCGCAGCGCGGCCGGGACGACUUGGGCAGCGGAAAUAUCCAUCUCUGAAGUAGAGCCGGCGAAUCCUCCCAAACAUUUCACGACUAGAGGGCGGCAGCCGCCAGCGACUCCUGCAACUGACAUGACGGAGGAGGGGCGUCCGCCAUCACUCAGCCCCCCCCCCACGCUACGGAACGUUCUAGAACAGAUCUGUGGAGACAGUAGAUGUCGCUCUGUGGCCUUUUCCCUUCUUUGCCAUUUACGCUGCACAGAAUUAGCGCUGACCUCCGGAUGGACACGCGGCCGUACCGCCAUCCCUUUCCCCUUAGAAAGUAAUAUAUUGAGUUAAGACUGUGACUAAUUAAACCCAGAAGAUUUUAUAAUCCCGUAGUCUGUCGCUAGCGGCGUCUCCCCGGCGCCCUCCCGCUUGUAUAGUCUCCUUUUGUAUAAUAGGUCCUGGUGGGGGAGGGGUCCGCAGCGCCGCCGGCUUCUGCUGUCGACCCCGUAGGUUUUCUGAUUUCUGUGAUUGAUUUAUUAUUAUUUUUUAAGUGCAAUAUAAUGACCGCUGUAUCUGAUUACGGGAAUAGAUGAUCAGGAACCGGCUCCACCGCGCUCUAGAACCGUCUUCUUCUAGCCCUUCCUGUGUCUUAAGAGACUGUGGACUCGGCGCCUACAGGAGCGGCAGGAGAGACGGCGCCGAGCAAACUUGAAAUGCUUUUAAUGUUUUUUAAAAUUAUUUAAUUAAAAAAUGCACAAAAGCUUAGAUUUAA